AUGUGUGCUGCAGCUUUGGAGGAGUACUGUGGGUCCAUCUUCUGGAAUGCUUCAUAUCUGAAUAGAGAAGACCCAGACCUCCCAGUAUGUGUAGUGCAGACGGUGCUGGUCUGGAUCCCCCUGGGGUUCCUGUGGCUCUGUGCCCCGCAACACCUGCUGGUUCUCUGCAAGAGGUCACAAGUGAACACAAAACACCUGUCCAAGCUCUACCUCUGCAAACAGCUUGUGGUGUCUCUGUUGUUCCUGAUGGCCAUAGCAGCCCUGGCAGUCACAUUAGGAGAGGAUUAUGGUCCAAGCAACGACCCACCUUCAACAGAAAAAAAUCCUGGUGUAUACUACGCAAACCCUGUCCUGUAUGCAGUCACAUGGAUCCUUCUGCUGUUGUGCCAGGAAGGACUGAGGCGGAGGAAAGGAUCAGUAGAUUCGGCUACUCUCUUUCUCUUCUGGUUGCUCCUUGUUCUGUGCGAUGUCUUCCCUUUCCAGAGCCUCCUACGAAAAGCACUCAGACUGGGAGAAAUCAGUGAUGUCCCUCGUUUCUGCCUUUUCUACAUUUCCUUUGGUUUGGAAUUGAUUGCACUUAUUCUCUCCGCUGUGGCUGAUAUCUCUCCAGAAGCCGAGGAGCUUGUAAAAAAGAAUCCAGAGACAGGUGCAGCAUUUUUGAGCAGAAUCACCUUCAACUGGUUUAACAGUAUGGUGGUGAAGGGGUACAAGCAGCCCCUUGUUCAGGAGGACAUGUGGGAGCUGAGUGAGGCAGACAGCACUGCUGACAUCAACCAGCGAUUUCAGUAUUUCAUGCAGUCGGAGUUGGGUGCGGCUCGGAUCCGGCUUCAAAAAAAGUUGAAAAAAAAACGGGAAGAGAACAGAGACAAAGCCCAGGAAGAGGCCUUUCAAAAUGGCCUCUCCAACAGUCUGGCGAAAGGUGUCAGUCAGGAUGUGCUGAUGGAGGAAAAGGGAAAUAAAGAAGAUGAAAAGAAGAAGAAGAAAAAGGACAAAAAGAAGGAGAAAGAUGAACAUCCCAAUUCAUGGCUGAUUUACACCAUUUACAAGACCUUUAAAUGGAUUCUGAUUGAAUCUGCCUUCUUCAAACUUUUGCAGGACCUUCUGGCUUUUGCCAGUCCCCAACUCCUAAAAUUGAUGAUCUCUUUCACUCAGGACAAAUCCAGGUUUGUCUGGGAAGGGUAUGUGUAUGCAGUGCUGCUGCUAGUGGUGGCCAUUCUGCAGUCUCUGUUCCUGCAGCAGUACUUCCAGCGUUGCUUUGUGCUGGGGAUGAAGGUUCGCACUGCCAUCAUAGCUGCUGUGUACAAAAAGGCAUUGAAGGUGUCUAAUGACACUCGUAAAGAGUCUACGGUUGGCGAAACCGUGAACCUGAUGUCAGCAGACGCCCAGCGUUUCAACGAUGUGACCAACUUCAUCCACCUGCUGUGGUCCUGCCCUCUUCAGAUCAUGCUGUCCAUUGUUUUCCUGUGGAUUGAGUUAGGACCUUCUGUGUUGGCAGGACUGGCAGUCAUGGUGUUGAUGGUGCCGAUCAAUGGACUGUUAGCCACCAAGGCCAGAAAAUUCCAGAUAGAGAACAUGAAGUUCAAGGACAAGAGACUGAAAAUCAUGAAUGAAAUACUAAAUGGGAUCAAAAUUCUGAAGCUGUAUGCAUGGGAGCCAUCCUUCCAGGCGCAGGUGGAAGGCAUUAGGGGGCAAGAACUUAAGGUCAUGAGGAAGUUUGCCUACUUAUCGUCUGUCUCCACCUUCAUCUUCAGCUGUGCUCCAGCUCUGGUUUCUCUGGCCUCAUUUGCAGUGUUUGUAGGGGUGAGCCCAAGCAACAUAUUGACUGCUGAGAAGGCUUUCACUUCCAUUUCUCUUUUUAACAUCCUCCGAUUUCCCCUGGCCAUGCUGCCCAUGCUCAUCGCUGCCAUUGUGCAAACGGCAGUGUCCAAGAAGCGUCUGGAGAAGUUUCUGGGAGGUGAAGACCUUGAAAGUGAUGUUGUGCGCCAUGACCCCAGUUUCAACACUGCUGUUAGCGUACGUGAUGGUUCCUUUGCUUGGGAAAGAGACGCUGAGCCUCUGCUGAAAAAUGUGUCCCUGGAUAUUAAUCCAGGUCGGUUGGUAGCAGUAGUGGGAGCUGUGGGCUCAGGAAAGUCCUCUCUCAUGUCAGCCCUCCUGGGAGAGAUGUACAACACCAACGGCUUUAUCAACAUUCAGGGUUCCCUUGCCUUUGUGCCACAGCAAGCCUGGAUCCAAAAUGCCACUCUGAGGGAUAACAUCCUGUUUGGCUCUUCCCAUGAAGAAAGGAGGUUCCAGGAGGUGAUACAGGCCUGCGCCCUGGCCCCUGACCUGGAACUGCUGCCUGGGGGUGACCUCACUGAGAUUGGAGAGAAAGGCAUUAACCUCUCAGGGGGUCAGAAGCAACGUGUAAGCUUGGCCCGCGCAGUUUACAGUCAGUCUGAUAUUUAUCUAUUAGAUGACCCCUUGUCUGCUGUGGACUCUCAUGUAGGAAAACAUCUCUUUGAUAAAGUGAUUGGACCAAAUGGAAUACUCAAAGACAAGACUCGUAUUCUGGUGACUCAUGGAAUGAGCUUCCUGCCAUACGUAGAUGAAAUAGUGGUCUUGGUUGAUGGAGUAGUUUCUGAGGUUGGAUCCUACAAGAGCCUUCGUGCCAGCAGAGGAGCUUUUUCUGAAUUUCUAGACACAUAUGCCAAAGAGCAAAGCAAUCGGACCUAUUCAGAGUCAGAUCGUUGCCAUGACGCUGGAGACGUGGAGCUCAUACCUGAAAGAGAGGACCCUCAACCCGACUCUCCUUUGGAGGAUACAGUUUCUAGUACACUAAAGAGAGAAAACAGUAUCCGCCGCAGCCAGCGCAAUGGCAGUGUCAGACUAAGAAGGAAUGACUCUAUAAGAAAACCAGAACAUGUCAGUGAUUUAAAGAAAGGUCAGAGGCUGAUAGAGAAGGAAACUAUGGAAACAGGACAGGUCAAGUUCUCGAUGUACAUCCAGUACCUGCGUGCCAUGGGCUGGGGAUAUACUGUCAUGGUCUUCCUGGUAUACUUCAUCCAGAACAUUGCUUUUAUCGGUCAGAACCUGUGGCUGAGUAACUGGACCAAUGAUGCAGUGGAUUACUACAACAUGACAUACCCUAACUGGAAGAGGGACACCAGGGUGGGGGUGUUUGGAGCUCUGGGAGUAGCUCAGGGCCUCUUUGUGUUCCUCGGUACACUGCUCCUGGCCAAUGCUUCGGUCAAUGCAUCGCGUAUCCUGCAUUCAAAGCUGAUUAACAACAUACUGCGAGUUCCCAUGGUAUUCUUUGACACCACACCCAUUGGAAGGGUGGUCAACCGCUUUGCAAAGGACAUUUUCACAGUGGACGAAGCCAUUCCACAGUCCUUCCGCUCCUGGCUCCUGUGUCUUCUGGGCGUGUUAGGGACACUGUUUGUCAUCUGUCUGGCCACUCCUUUUUUCACCAUCCUCAUCCUUCCUCUGGCACUGGUCUACUACUUUGUACAGCGCUUCUAUGUAGCGACUUCAAGGCAGCUGCGUCGGCUGGACUCAGUAUCUCGCUCUCCUAUAUACUCACACUUCAGUGAGACAGUUUUGGGGCUGUCAGUGAUAAGAGCCUACGGCCAUCAAGAAAGGUUUCUUAAACACAACGAAAUAAUUAUUGAUAAAAACCUCAAGAGCGUCUACCCGUGGAUAGUGUCAAACAGAUGGCUGGCCAUCCGUCUAGAGUUCCUUGGAAACCUGGUGGUGUUUUUUUCAGCUCUGUUUGCAGUCAUUUCCAGGGAUUCUCUGGACAGCGGCCUGGUUGGCCUGUCUAUAUCCUACUCCCUUAAUGUGACCCAGACUCUCAACUGGCUGGUGAGAAUGACAUCUGAGCUGGAGACCAAUAUCGUUGCCGUGGAGAGAGUGAGUGAAUACACCAAACUCGAGAACGAGGCUAAGUGGAUAACAGACACUCGGCCUCCAGAGAAGUGGCCUGAGGCAGGAAGGCUACAUUUUGACAACUACAAGGUCCGUUACAGACCUGGAUUAGACCUGGUGCUGCAUGGAAUCACCUGUGACAUCAAAAGCACUGAGAAGAUUGGUAUAGUGGGCCGCACAGGAGCUGGGAAAUCAAGCCUGACCAACUGCCUGUUUAGGAUUAUUGAAGCUGCUGAAGGUCGAAUCCUCAUUGAUGAUGUAGAUGUUUCCACAAUAGGCCUGCAUGACCUCAGAAACAGGCUCACAAUCAUACCACAGGACCCUGUGUUGUUCUCCGGGACCUUGAGGAUGAACCUAGACCCAUUUAACAAAUUUAGCGAUGAGGAGAUAUGGAGAGUGUUGGACCUCUCCUAUCUGAAGGACUAUGUAGCGGGGCUGCAGGAAGGACUACAACAUGAAGUCGCAGAGGGGGGAGAGAACCUCAGUGUUGGGCAGAGGCAGCUGCUGUGUCUGGCCCGAGCACUGCUGAGGAAGUCUCGCAUCUUGAUCCUGGAUGAGGCCACAGCAGCUGUGGACCUGGAGACAGACAACCUGAUUCAGAAAACCAUCCGCAACGAGUUUUCACACUGCACUGUCCUUACCAUCGCUCACCGCCUGCACAGCAUCAUGGACAGCUCCAGGGUAAUGGUGCUCAAUGCUGGUAAAAUAGUGGAAUUUGAUUCUCCGACCAACCUGCUUGAAAAACAAGGCCAUUUCUAUGCCAUGGCAAAGGAUGCUGGAAUAACAGUACCAGACAUCACAGCUCUCUGAUUUUGCACUUGUACUUUUGAUUUAAUUCCAUAAAUUGCUUUUGUUGUUUGAUUUAAAACGCUGGAUUGUGCUUUGAUAUAAAGAAAUAUUGUAUUUUAUAUACAUUAUUUAUCGGAAACAAUUAAAGAAAUCAUGUUCUGUAUGUAAAUAAAAAUAAAUAUUCUUUCC